ACCUACUACAACGAACAAGAGUUUGGCGACAGUUGGAGAACUGGUAGUCUAUCAGCGUGCCGAAACCGACUGACGCCUCUCCAAAAGAAGGAAUCGCCAUGUGAGAAGAAUUUCAAAACACGAGAACACGAGUGCCAAAUACUCCUCAGUGACGUCUUCGUUGAGUGCAGCAAAAAAGUCGACCCUAAAACAUAUUACAGGUCAUGUCUAAUGGAUAUGUGUGAUUGUCCGAAAGGCAAACUCUGCUCCUGUGAGUCCCUCCUGGCGUACAGUCGGGCCUGCACAAGAGAAGGGCUGUACAUACCACAAGAAAAAUACGGACAUUGUAAAGACAAGACGUGUCCCGAUGGUGCUGAAUUCAACGUGUGCGGUCCAGCCUGUGCUCGAACCUGCGACAAUAUCAACUCUAUAGAUCGAUCAUGCCUCAUGAAACCGUGUGUGAGGGGUUGCCACUGCACACAUAACAGACCAGUAUUCCACAAUGGACGAUGCAUCCCAGCUCACAGGUGCCCAAAAGGCAAACAAGACGCUACAUAGCAAAAUAACUAUAUAUAUAUAUAUUAUAUGUAUAUAUAUAUAUAUAUACGUAUGUACAAACAUAUAUAUACAUAUAUAGAUAUACACAUGUAUAUAUACAUAUAAAUAUAUAUAUGUGUAUGCAUACAUAUAUAUAUAUAUAUAUAUAUAUAUAUAUAUUUAUAUAUACACAUAUAUAUGUAUGUGUUUGUGUAUAUGUAUACACACACACACACACAGGUAUAUUUCUACAGUAAUACACCUACUUGUUAAAUUAUGUAUGCACCUGCAUAUACAUGUAUGUCUGUCUGCAUUUGUAUUGUCUCUAUAUAUAUAUGUACAUAGUUGAAGUUUAUAUACACACAUACAUACAUAUAUAUAUAUAUAUAUAUAUAUAUAUAUAUUUUAUAACUAUAUACAUAAUUAUAACAAGGCUUGGCUUGUGCCUCCCCAUGCACUGAAAAAUAGACAUCAAAAGACACUAUUAAGCCCUUGUUAUAAUUAUGGAUAUAAUUAUAAAAUAUUAGUAAAAUUUACCUCUGAGGUUUUAUUUCCGAGCUGACCACUUGGUGAAUCAUUUAUCAUGUCAACAUUUUAUCAUUAUGUAUAU